AUGCAGGCUGGCUUCACAGCGGGGACGCCUGUUGCAGCUGCGCUUAUCGAUAAGCAGCCCAGCCUCACAUCACGACUCGAAAACGGCAAGAAUAGGAGGCGGAAUAGGAGCGGGAACAUGGCAGCGACCGACGCCGAGACAGGCUCUGGGCGGCGAUGGAAGCACCUGGACCAGAUACGGACGACGCCAGGACCAUUCACACCGAUGGAGGCCGGGUUUGACCCGGAGCAGGUGGUGCCUUUUAUCGACAAGAUGAAGGUGCUCGUCAUCGGGGCAGGCGGGCUUGGCUGCGAGAUCCUCAAGAACUUGGCGCUGUCAGGGUUCAAGGACAUCCACGUGAUCGACAUGGACACGAUCGACAUCUCGAACCUCAACCGGCAGUUCCUGUUCCGGCAGUCAGACGUGGGCAAGUACAAGGCAGAGGUGGCGGCACGGUUCGUCAUGCGGCGGGUGCGCGGCGUGACGAUCACACCGCACAACCGACGGAUCCAGGACUUUGACCAGACUUUUUACAUGCAGUUUCAAGCAGUUGUGUGUGGUCUCGACAGCAUCGAGGCGCGGCGGUGGAUCAACGCGAUGCUAGUGGACCUGGCCGAGAACGGCGAUGACGACGGGGCCGGCGACGCGAUCAAGCCGCUCAUCGACGGCGGCACCGAGGGUUUCAAGGGCCAGUCGCGCGUCGUCAUUCCGACGCUGACAUCGUGCAUCGAGUGCCAGCUAGACAUGCACGCACCACGCGCGGCCGUGCCGCUGUGCACGCUAGCCAGCAUCCCGCGGCAGCCCGAGCACUGUAUCGAGUGGGCACACGUGAUCGCCUGGGAUCAGGAGCAGCCGUUCCCAGCUCUGGACAACGACGACCCCGAGCACAUCACCUGGCUGUACCACAAGGCGCUGGGCCGUGCGGCUGAAUUUGGCAUCGCCGGCGUCACCUACGCCCUCACCCAGGGCGUGGUCAAGAACAUCAUCCCUGCCAUCGCGUCCACCAAUGCCGUCGUCGCUGCUAGCUGCUGCAACGAGGUCCUCAAGAUCGCCACCAGCAUCGCCCCCUCGCUCGGCCUCGAGGACAACUACAUGAUGUACUCGGGUAACGACAGCAUCUACACAUAUACCUUCAAGCACGAGCGCAAGGACGACUGUCCCGUCUGCUCGCCCGACCAAAAGGCCCGCCCCCUGCCCACCGACCUGUCUGUCACCCUGUCCGACUUUCUCGACUCUUUCAGCGACCGCCCUGAGGCCCAGCUCAAGAAACCGUCCGUGCGCGCUGAGGGGCGCACGCUUUACAUGCGCUCGCCCCCCAGCCUCGAAGAACAGACCCGUCCAAACCUUCACAAGACGCUGGCCGACCUCGGUCUCGAGCACGGCUUCGAGGUUGUCAUCACCGACCCGGCCUUUCCUAGCCUCGUCUUCAGCUUCGUCCUUGUCCCAAUCGCCUAG